AUGGAAACAACCCAUGAGUCUGAACAGCUGUUUCUAAACUGCAGAGACAAAGGGUAUAUUAGAACAAACAUAGAACACUUAAAGUCAUAUUUUUCAUCUUCUCAGAACAUCAACGCUCUUAAGAUUGCUCUCACAACCAACAGCAACUUUACUGCACUGAAAAUUAUAGAGCAGCUUAAUCUCAAGGUUAUUCCCUACAUACACAUAAAUACAUUUACAUUUGUGUCAAUUUUCUGGCUGAACAGGAUGAAGGUCAUUCCGGAUGACGAGUUUGAGUCUUUAGUUAAGAAAUUUGAGAUUUUGAAGAACUUUGAUGUUCUUUUUGAAGAAACAGAGAAAAAUUUUAUAACUCUUCAAAUAGAAAAGAGGAGAAGAGUGUACAUGAAGAAGCACAAUCAAUUCAAUCACUUUGAUAGUGCUCACGAUAGUAUUUUGUGUGGAAAAGAGCUACUGGCGAACUCUCGAAUGCCAUGCAAGUUAUUGUCUGGGCUUUUCAAGUUCUGUGAAAUGAUAACAUUUAUAUUUUGCUUGGACGAUUUGGUAGACUUUGAAAAGUACGUUUCGUGGUUCCCGGAUUUCAAAGAUAACAUAUUUUGGACCGAGCUGAAGACUUUUGAAUCCUUCCAGGAUGAUCCGCAGAAGAACGACAAGAUAUAUCGAUUCAGAGACAUAAGACGCAGGCUGGCAAACUGUACCACCAGAAGCUUUUCCCAGUUUUUUAAGCUUGAGACUAAGUACCAGGAAAGAUUAGAGGAGUUGAUGGCAGCGGUAAACAAGAUCAGAAAGUGUGGAUUUAAUACUAUAUUUACAGCCACAGGCCUUUGCCUUCUCUUCUUACGUUUGCCUACCUUUUUAUAA